AUGGAAGACUUUCCAAGGUUCAUCAUCGGGCACCAUGACCCUAAGAGGCCCUUGCCUGUCUCGAUAGACACCAUACAAGAUGCACAUGCUGCAAAUUACGACAUGGUCACAAGCCCCAUCACGACUCCCCAUUUCCAUUCCCGGGUCUUGACUCUGCUGUCUUCAUCGCUUGCUCUGCAUUCAGAAGAAGACAUCACAAAGACUAAAAGCGCUUCGCCUAUUGUUAUCCCACCAUUAACUCCAGCGGAUACUCCUUUGACUCCUGACGAGUCCAUCAGUCAAACCAUCGGCGUCACCAGUUCCUGGAUCGACCUAGGUUCUCCAGAUCCGAUCAUCGCAGAUAUAUCUCGACAAGUGCUUCAACUGGAAGUGGCAUAUGCUGCCUUCUGUGGACUCACAUACGUCUUGAUCGCAGGCCCUCUUCUGCGUGGUCACGGUGUCUCCGACAGCGGAAUUGCCCAAUAUGCGAGGGCAUUCUCGGACGCUCUGAGCCAAGGUCCCUAUUUGCAGCUAUACAUUUGGUUUCCGAUGAUCGACCACUCCGAGGAACACAUUGACCAGAUGGGCAGCUUGGCACCAUUUGCCCGUCAACAGUUUCUCGAGCAGGACGAGGCCGAAGUCGAAAGAUUGGAUGUUUUUGGAUCCUGGGAGGCGUGGAACAUGAUUAGAUCGAUAUGUAAAUAUCCUGCGAGGUUAUGUGUAGCACUGUCGACACCAAAACUGCUCCCUCCAGUUCCCAUCCAGUCAAGAUGGUACUCGGAGCCCGUCCGGCUUAUCACCCUCGACAAGGAGAUAUUUGCUAGGAACGCAAAAGGGUAUCCCGUCCUGACUCGUGCGCAUCAAGCCUUUGUUCUGAGAUUCGCUCGGCUUCGUACGGCACCAUGGUUCCUUCUGUGCGACGUGGGGACGAUCCCUAGCAACAAAACGGACGGCAACACACUGAACCCAUCGGCGACGGAGAACAAUGCAUUCCCUACCCUCGCCGAAGCAGCACAGAGUCCAAAUCUCAAGGACGCGACCCCUCACCUCUCGUACAUGCGCAAUUUGCAAACCAAACAACCACCACAAACAGCCAUUGAUCGCUUUGGGGCCGGCUAUCAAGAUUACCUCCAAGCGCCCUUGCAGCCACUCUCCGUCAACCUCGAGAGUAUCACUUACGAAGUCUUCGAGAAGGACCCGAUCAAGUAUGCAUGGUAUGAGCGUGCCAUCGCUCGGGCCCUGCACGACUGGAUUGAACAAGGAAAACCAACGUCCAACCCAGACGGACGAGUUGUUGUUGCUGUGGUUGGGGCAGGCCGUGGCCCGCUGGUCACUCGAGCACUCCAAGCAAGUCAAGAUGUCGGCGUUGAGAUUGACAUGUGGGCAUUGGAAAAGAACCCAAACGCAUUUGUCCUUCUCGAGCGUCACAACAAGACGACGUGGAAUGGCCGCGUAAAUCUGGUGAAAUCGGACAUGAGGACGUGGAGGGGACCUAUUCGCGCUGCGGACACACCACGACCGACUCGAAGAUACAACACCUCCGCAGACAGUGACGAUGACGACGACAAUAAGAAGGAAAAGACUUCGCGGAAAGAAGAAGCCACCCCUGGUGGUCCCGAGUCAGCCUUCACAGGAUCACCCAGUCUCGAUAGCACGAACCUACUUGCCACAACCGCCCAGACUACUACGACCCCAACACCGUACAAGAUUGACAUUCUGAUCAGCGAACUCCUAGGAUCCUUUGGCGACAACGAGCUGUCCCCGGAAUGUCUCGAUGGGGUCCAGCACCUCCUGAACCCCGUGCACGGAAUCUCCAUCCCGGCCUCGUACACGGCACAUGUCACGCCGAUCGCGGCGCCCAAGCUCCACGCGGACAUCUUGCACGGAAUGACCAGCAACGCCAACGCGAGCGAGACGCCGUAUGUGGUCAUGUUCAACGCGAUCGACUACCUGAGCACGAAGCCGGGUGCUGCGGCGGCGGAAUCCGAGGCACAGCAUAAAAUGCCGGCAACUGUGAUACCACCGACGCCAGUCCCCAUCAUCCAGCAGACAUGGGCGUUCCAGCACCCGAACCCGGCCCUGCCCAGCCUGACGCCUUCGACCAUCGGGACGACAACGACCGAACCCUCGCUCACAAACAGCCACAACGCCCGCUCGUGUCAGUUGACGUUCCCCAUCCCGCAUCGGGGCGCAUGCCACGGGCUGGCGGGGUACUUUGAGACGGUGCUCUACAAGGGCGUCGAGCUGUCGACGAAUCCGGAGACCAUGGACCAAAAGAGCGAGGGCAUGAUUAGUUGGUUCCCGAUCUUUUUUCCCUUGAAGACACCCCUCUUCCUCCCCGACAAAUCCGAACUCACCCUGACAAUGUGGCGCAAAACCGACGACCGCAAAGUCUGGUACGAGUGGCUUGUCGACGUCUACGUCUACAUUCCCUCUCCCGGUCCUGCGUCUACCACUGUACCUGUGUCUCAGACGCCAUCUCACUCUGGAACCACGCCGGCGGCAACGCAAUCAGCAGAGAAGAAGAAGAACUCAGAAGACAGCAGCAGUGGAGAUAAGGACAAGGCCAAGAGGAAAAGUGUCCCACCACCGCCGGUGGCGACGGCAGCAGCAAACUCAGCACAUCGCAUUGGCGGCGCUGCUGUACGAGGGCAAGGGCGCGGACGUGGACGCAGAAUGCGAAUCGGUGGGAGCGAGCUGCAUUCGUCGGAGAAGGAGGCGUGUUUGAUGUAA